CUCUCCCUCCUCACUUCCUGUCAGCUACCCUACCCUACCCUUCCCUUCUCAACCCAGCCCGACAACAACACCACCACCAAAAUAUCAAUCGUUCCAUCUAUUUUUCUUAUUCGUAAUCGUCUCUCGUAUCCUUUGCAAGAUUGGCUCCUUGGGAAACGUCAAUCGACCUGUCGCUCUAGAUACAUACGCACUCUUCUCCUUAUCCGUCCGAUAAUUAUUCACUGAGGAGCCAUUGCAUAGCUUCGAACGUUACUCAUAUCUAGCUGCAGGCCCCCAACACUUUUCUGGGUCUCAGUCUCAGUCAUACCACACAUCUCGCAGCGUACUCCGUACCGUAGCGUAGCGCAGCACGCAAAACAUUCAGACUCACAUCGCAAUCGCCUCAACACCAUCCUCUGCCACAUGCGCUUCCACAUCCCGUAAUCCUGAUUCGACCGCACACCUCGCAGUGGGUGUCAUUUCAACCGAAACGUCGUGAGAUUCCUUUCCCAGCCUCCACCAAAUUUCCCAAAUCCGUCAAAACCACCGAGUUCCACUGCAGUAGAUCAUAUCCACUGUUAUCGCCAGCUUUCCAAGAAUCCCGUUUCGUUUCACCCACGAUAAGCACAUCCACCGACUCACGAGGAAUUCCCAGGAUCACCGAAGACCCACUACCAAUCACUCCACCGACUCGUUCCCACUCUGUCGAGCGGCGCGAUUAAAAUGGCUUCAAAUCAAUCUUUCCCUUCCCAGCCGGGACAACCGCAACCUCAGAGACCAGGACAACAGAGACAACGAGCCAAAACAGGAUUCAGUUUCCGUUCCAACCACUCCCAGAAAUCCAGCGGUAGUAACCAUAAGAUUGAGGAAACACAUCAAGAAAAGGAACAGAAACGACUACACUCCAAAGCAGAUCCAACAAUGGCCUUGAACGAAGCAGAGCCAUGUAAGUGCUGUCUGUCCCCGUACCUCACAACACCACCCAUCACCCCCAUGGGAACAACCAAACUGACUCUUAUCACAGCGGCUGUCGCCAGUCACAUCAAAUCAUCGUUGGCACCAAUUCGCGCCAUUCAACACCGUGACGCGCAAGGAAAUCCAAUCGGUUCGUCCACUCCUUCGUCCACUCCUUCGUCCACCUUUCUUAUCGUGAACCAAUUUCUAACAUUUCCAUUCUGCAGCCGACCCUGAUCGUUCCAAUCCAACGCGAAGUCGAUGGGAAAGACCACUUGAUACUAUCCGAUCAUUUGAGGCAGCUAUUGAUGGUAACUAUUCACGCAAAUCUUAUAUCCGUUCUGGUCAGACUUCCUUAAACCAAUUGCAAAAGCAACAGUGGACGAAUAUGGAUACUAACAUUAUCAGCUUCAGAAUCUGGAGAUACGAACUCGAAUUACGAUCGCCGCAGCAGUUAUUAUGGAGGUACGCUACACAAUCUUCUCCCUUCCGACUUUCUCGGUGGACAUAUUUGCCACGGAUUUUGUUGUGUUACUGAAAAAGACCCAAGCGGGAAUGCCGAAUGCGCAAAGCCACUACCCCAAACCUCAAAAAUCAACCAGGAAAGGCUUGCACAUACUCUCAGAGUCAAAGCCUGGAAUUUUUGAGCUUUGCAAUCGCUAGUUUCGGCUAUUGGCGUUGGGGCACGUCAAAGUGGUGCUAGUGGGACACGAUUUUAGUUUGGCGUUCGUAUUGAAUCACCGCUAAUGCACUUCUACAGGAACCCAAGCGGCUCAAAAUGAUCGCCCUCGAUAUGGUGGACGCCCACAAUCUUACAGACCCGAGAGUCAAUAUGGAGGAGGAAUGAAUAGACCGGAGAGUUACUAUACAUCGGACAACUACGCUGCAGGUCCAAGUAAUGGCUACUAUCCAAAUCGAGCUCGAUACCCGCGAACAGCUUCGGAACCACAUUUCAACAACGGAGGCGUAUAUCCAGGCCCAGCAAAUCAGCAGUCGUAUGAGACGGUGACAACCGCAUCGGGUGGUUCUAUGGAGCCUGCUGGAUAUACGACGGAUCCAAGUAGCGAAAACAGUUCCGUCGACAGAUUUGCAGCUAUUCCAGCAGCACCAAAAGAACCAGUCGAGACGUAUGGAUUCAAUGGAUUUGGAAAUACCCCACAGUUUGUUCCGCCGGGAAAUGGUAUAAAUACACAGUACGCUAAUAAUAGUGUACCAAGACAAAUGCAGCAUCAGACUCCACCACCGCCAAGUAAGGAUACGACAACUACAGGACCAAUCAAGUUGGGAGUGACGAGUGGUAAUGCGGGAGUUCCGUCAGCGAAGGCAGAGAAACGAAAGUCGUGGUUCAGCAAAAGAUUUUCAAAGUCAUCAUAGCGUGGUUCUUUCUUUCGGCCGAAUUGGAAAUGGCAGAAGAGGCACUAAUGUGGUGGAAGGCGGCCUCAGAAUGGAUGAAUGCAAGUAUUCUGUUAUGAUGUUAUGAAGGAAAUUACCUAGCGCGGAGGGAUUGUUGGACAGACUGGAUUAUUAGGAUUGAUCCUAGCAUUUGGCGGCGUAUAUGGAGUUU